GAGCGCGAGCACGUCAUGAACGUGUACGACGCCGUCGCGAGGCAGUGGCACGGAACGAGGUACCGCGCGUGGAGCGGCGUCGAGGACUUCAUCGCGAGAUGCGUGCGUCCGGGGACGCUCGUCGUCGACGUCGGGUGCGGGAACGGGAAGAACAUGCCGGAGGUGGAAGCCAGGGGCGGGUUCGUCGCCGGAUGCGACUUCAGCGUCGGCUUGCUCAACAUCUGCGCCGAGCGCGGUUUGGAGGUGUUCGCCGCGGACGCGGUGUGCCUCCCGCUGCGCUCGAGCGCGUUCGACGUCGCGUUGAACAUCGCGGUGCUGCAUCACGUAUCCUCCCCGGCGCGGCGCGUGAAACUGAUAUCGGAGACGAUGCGGCUGUUGAGAGUCGGCGGCGUCGCGCUUUUCUACGCGUGGGCGCUCGAGCAGGAAGUCGGCGGCGUGAGCGGGCACCACUUCGAAUCCCAGGACGUGCUCGUGCCGUUUCACAAGCGCGCGGUCGCCGGCGACGAGAGAGGCGACGACGACGCGGCGGAGGGGAGCGACGGGGGUAAAGUGUACCAGCGGUACUGCCACGUGUACAAGGAAGGCGAGCUCCCGGAGUUGUUCGCGCAUCUGAGCUCAUGGGUGAGGGUGACGGCGACGUACUUCGACUGCGGGAACUGGUGCGUCGAGGCGGAGAGGAUCGCAUGA